AUAGGUCGUGUGGAAGGCAAUAGUCUUGUAGAGAUUGGUGCUGGUCCCACCAUAUUUCAUAUUCUGUCUGCCUGUGAAAACUUCAAGCAGAUAUACCUUACAGAUUAUGUAGAAGGCAAUCUGCAAGAAUUAGAGAAAUGGCUAAAAGGUGAUAAGAAGGCCUUUGAUUGGUCUGGACAUCUGAAAUAUGUCUGUGAGAUUGAAAACCACAGGUCUACAGAGGAGGAGAAGGCAGAGAAGAUACGCAGGAAAGUCUCACUCAUGAGGUGUGAUGUCACCAAAGCCAAUCCCCUAGAGCCAAAUUCCCUUCCCCAGGCAGACUGUGUGAUCGUUGGUGGGUGUCUCAUCUGUGCUUGCAAGAACAGGGAAGAUUUUCAAACUGCCCUAAAAAAUAUUGUAUCUCUGAUCAGACCUGGGGUCAUCUCGUUAUCACCGAUUACUUAG